AUGGGCCAGAAAACAUCCAAGAAGAACCCGAAGAUGAUCAGGACUCUGCUGUUGCUGUUGGAGAAGUUGAUGGUGGAGUGUUGGGCUUUCAAUAUUCUAGCUUCCAGGGAAGAAAAUCCUGCAGAAAUGAUGACUGAAAUUCCAGAGACUGAAGGGCAAAUGGAGUCUAUCCAAAGGUUUCCUGGGGUGUGGACUGAUGAAGGCCAAUACCUGGUCAAAGUUCUUGGAGAUCCUUUGGUCAGAGGGCUGACAGAGAUUUCCAAGAGGAAGCCCAAUGACCCUGUAGCCUUCCUUGCAAGUUUUCUGCAUGGAUAUGCUGGCAUCAGCACAGAGAAUAACAACCACCCCAACACUCUGGUCAUCUCAGAGGAAGAAGAAGGAGAACUGAAUGAUGAAGGAGUUCCUCAAGUUGGACCAAAUGAAGAAGAACCAGAAGACACACUCUCAGCCACCAGCUUCCAACUUCCAGAAAAUUUCCCAAACCCUCCAACCCCAUCAGAGUCCUCAACCUCAGCAGCUCCAAUGCGUCAAGCCAAGGAAUCAUCCACUGCCAGGGAUGAAAGAGGACAGACUGUGUUGCACCAUGCCUCUUCAAGACCACAUGGGGCAAACCCAAAGCAGGGAUUCAAAAAGAUCAUUGAUGAAUCAAAUGCUAGUUUAGCAGCCAGGGAUGAGCGGUAUCAAACUUGCCGAGAUGUUGCAAGAGCUGCUGGUGUGAGAGAAAAUGUGGCUGCUAUUGAUGACUAUGUGGUGAAUCUUGCUGCUGAAGGGAAAAGGAGCGAAAUUUACCAUCUCUUAAUGGAGGGCUACGAUCACAUCAUUGAUGUCAAGAACUUGGAUGGACUCACAGCGUAUGAAGCUGCAAACAAAAAAGGCCAAGACAAAACAGUGGAACUCUUGUCCGGCAUUGAACCAUUCUCAGACUUGAGAAACAUCCUCCAUUCGGCGAUUCGAAACGGAGACUUGCGCAGAGUCAAAGAGACGUUGACAGACGGGGCGAGUCAAUUGGCAAUUGCAAAAAGCAACUAUGGCAGAACAGCUCUGCAUAUUGCCACCUUGACUGAGUACAUGGACAUUGUUGAGUUCCUGGUGCAAAACUUUCCAGAAACAGUCUCUCUUCAAGACAACAUGGGGAGAACAGCCAUGCAUUAUGCCAUGGGCCUGGAUAAAGUAGACCAACUGGCAAAAAUACUAGUGAAAGGAGGAGCCCGAAAACCCCAAGAUUAUAGAGGCAGAGUUCCGUCUUAUUACUUUCUGAACAAAGACGAAAUUCAGAUGCUUAAGGAGGAGGAAGAAUCUCUGAAAAAUUGAUUAUAAAACUAAAAACGUUGAGAUACUUGUUAGCUGACGUUAUUUGAGAAAUUUUGCGGUGCUAUAUGUUUCAAGGUGGGGAAAAGGGAGGCCGACGAGAAACUUAGUGAAUCUUAUAUAGUGUCCUUCAAUAUCUCGGGUCAGGAUCGAUAUCAUUUCAACGACUGAGCUUCAAGUGGAACGCUGUAGAUUUCAUGUGAGAUUUGAAUAAAUUUAUGAUGCUAC